AUGGCAGAAAAAAUUGAAAGAGAGUUGAACGAGGUGAAGGAGCAGUUAAGAAAGGCAGAGGCUGCGUUGGAUAAGUUUGAAGAGGGGGAAGGAAAGGGAAAGAAGCGACUGGAGGAUGAAAAGGCAAGAUGGACUCCGAAGCGGGCUUAUGAAAAAGCAGAUCUAGUCGAUAAUAGUUAUUUGAUCUGUAAUGGUCUCUUACAAAAAUUCGAAGCAAUCCCAACUCAAGUGAACGAUCUUCAAUCCCUUAUUAAUGUACCGCUUCUUCGAAAAUUAACCGUAACCUCUGACGAAGAAAUAAUGUAUCCUGAGCUAAGUGAUUAUGUAUGUACAAGGGAAAAAGAACGUCGAAGUACUAUAGCAAAGAACAUCAGCAGCGCAUUAGCCAGUUCAAUUGAUAGGGAAUUUCCAGGCAAUAAAUCGGAAA